GAUCAUUCAUUCUGCUGGUGUUCGUUCCUCUGGUGUUCGUUCCUCCACUGUCUAUCUUUUUCUUCAUUCUAACGCGUUUGCUGAUGAAGCUAUUCAGAAGUCACCUGCCAGUCUGAAACGGCAAUACUAUCGAGACUCCUUGCCCAGUAGGUGCAAGCCAAACACAAUGAAUGAUAAACACCCUAGUGUUAGUACUGCGGGGGGAAUGGUUCUUUAAAUUCCACCGCCAAGCAAGCACUUGUAGCAAAUUUCAGAAUGUCUCAUUCGAUCUUUUUAUAUCUUGGCUCUUUCCCAAAUCAACAUAGCGGCGGAAGGAAAAAAAGGGAGGGUCUUCUUCAAUCACCUGCGUCCUUGUUUUGGACAAGCUUCUCUACCAAGUAUUAAUCGUCCAUUGUGUUGUUGUUAAUCGUGGCCUUUGUUAUCGACCGCCAAAUGAUGCAUUUGAUGUCGAAAGUCGGCUUUUGAAUAUUGAAUAUCGGAUAGCUAUCCAUAACAUCUUUCUCCAAACAUCUUCAUCAUGAUGCGCUUACAGGCUCGUCGUGUUGUGUUUGUCGCCAUCAUUUUCAGCGCGACAAUUGCAUACAUUCUGUACACCCAAGGUAAAUAUGUCACGUGGCCACGUCCUGGACCAAAUGAUUCAAUUGUCUAUGAAACGCAACCCAACCCAAAUUCCGAUCCAAAUGUGCCUGCAGACCCGAGUUCGUCGAUUCCAUUAUCGGAUUCGAAAGAGGGGGUCAAAACACCACCGACAGUUGAAGAGCCCUCGCUGAAGGAGAACGAAGACAAGAAGCCAGAUGAACAACGUCCAGCUGAAAAACAACCUGGUACUGGUUUAGAUCCCAAACCUCUUUCUGAUACAACCUCAACACCAGCACCGAUUAUUCCAGCGGUUACAUGUCCGUCUUAUGCUCAAAUUCAGCGGAAAAAACAAGAGCCAUUAUCUGAAGGUCAUAGGAAAUUUCCCUAUUCUCGCCCUUCGCAGGAAUGCCGGACAUUCAAUCUUCCUUCGUUAGAAAAGCUCAUUGAGCAAAUGAAAACGAUUAUCAAGGACCCUGAUCUCUUCCGACUUUUUGAGAACAGUUAUCCAAAUACGUUGGAUACUACAAUUAAAUGGCGAGGAUACGCAAACAAGAUCGAUCCCGUUACAAAAAACGAGACGGCGACAGAUGAAGAGCUCACAUUUGUUAUCACUGGCGAUAUUGAUGCUAUGUGGUUGAGGGAUUCUGCAUCUCAAAUUUAUUCCUAUCUCCCGUUACUCGAGGCUUCUGAUAAUCGAGAUUCUCUUGCAAGUCUGUGGCGUGGUCUUAUCAAUUUACACGCACGGUAUAUCAUCAUAUCACCAUACUGUCAUAGUUUCCAACCUCCGCCGGAAUCAGGGCUCCAACUUCAAACCAAUGGAGCGUUUCAUCAGAACCAUCCCAUGCCAGCUUAUAAUCCCGACAAAGUCUUCGACUGUAAGUGGGAACUCGAUUCCCUGGCCUCCUUCCUCCAAGUCUCAUCGGCAUAUUAUCAGCGCACAAACGAUUUAUCAUUCUUUCAAAAAUAUUCCUGGAUUGAUGCUGUCCAAGCAGCUGUAGAUGCCGCUGGUGCAAUGAGACUGGGAACUUAUUCCCCUGAAGGCAAAGUUCAAAAAUCCGCAUGGACAUUUACAGGUUGGACAAACCGCGGCAGCGAGACUUUGACAAACGACGGCUUGGGCAACCCUACCAAACAGAACGGAAUGGUAAGAAGUGCAUUCCGUCCUUCCGAUGAUGCAUGCAUAUAUCAGUUAUUGGUACCCGCAAACAUGAUGUGGGCUAAAUACCUGGAAGAGGCAUCUAUUAUUAUGGAACAAUUAUCCGGCGAAAAGGCCGCUAAACUUACCACGUCCAUGCGAGAGCAAGCACUCGGAAUAAGAAAAGCCAUAGAUCGUGAUGCCAUAACUCAUCAUUGGAAAUUCGGCGAUAUUUAUGCCUAUGAAAUCGACGGCUUCGGCGGCCAUAAUCUAAUGGAUGAUGCCAAUGUCCCUUCACUACUGGCUAUGCCUCUUUGGGACUACGAAAACUCCUCAUUUCCUCUUCCUGAACUAUUUGAAAGUGACGGAGAGCAAGGUGGUAAAAAAACCAAAAUUGAUCAUGCAAAGAUCUAUAAUAAUACCCGAAGUUUCGUCUUGAGUCAAGAGAAUCCCUACUUCAUGCAAGGGCCCUCCAUUGCCGCUGUAGGUGGUCCUCAUCUUGGUCCUGGCAAAAGUUGGCCCAUGGCAGCUAUUGUACGCGCCCUUACUGCCUUGGAAACAGCAUCAAGAUCGGGCAAGGGAAUAGAAGAUGUGGAAAAAGAAGUAAUAGAACAGGUAAUGAUGGUAUUAGACAGUACCGGGGGAACGGGUGUAAUCCAUGAGAGUGUCAAUUCAUGGAAUGCAAAUGAUUGGACAAGAGCUUGGUUUGGAUGGGCGAAUGGACUUUUUGGGGAAUUGAUCAUGCGAAUUUCCAGAGAGGAUCAAAAGGCCGGGAGAGGGGGUGGAGGGUUAUUGGGGAGAACCUGGCAGACAGAUGAAGGUAUUAAGGCUAGUAAUUGAGUUCUGGAAUCCGGAAUGUAAUAGAAAUUGUAAUGGAUGGAUGGCGUUUGGUGAAAUUGGCAUACGAGACUGUAUUUCUGGAUAUACUUCGUCGUAUAUCGAGGACUAGGUAGUUUUGGAUACAUUGGCGAACAGCUGGUUGGAUGAAAUAAUUGAGUAUUGCAUUGGAAACAUCUCUAUUGUUGCUACUGUGCCAACCACAUGAGAAGAAAGAGCUGAACCUAACCCCGCCCAGAUAAUAAAGGGGAUUUUUCACA